UGUACGCGCACGUAUGAAGACCGAGGAGCAAACAACCGAGGACGCGGCCCGUCGGGCGCCUGCCACGCGUCGGCAGGAAAAGCCACCCUUCUCCUACAUAGCCCUCAUUGUGAUGGCUAUUCGCCACUCGCCAAACAAAAGGCUUACGCUCAGCGAAAUAUACGCUUUUCUUCAACAACAGUUUCCCUUCUUUCGUAGCUCUUAUCAGGGCUGGAAGAAUUCCGUACGGCACAAUCUAAGCUUGAAUGAGUGUUUUGUAAAAUUACCAAAAGGAUUGGGAAGGCCAGGAAAAGGCCAUUACUGGACGAUUGAUCCAUCGUCAGAAUUUAUGUUUGAGGAAGGAUCAUUUCGGCGACGACCGAGAGGCUUCCGCCGUAAAUGUCAAGCUUUGAAGCCACAAUUCGGUAGUGGCGGAUACUUAUGUGGAGGUGGUGUGCCCGCGUUGCCGCCGUCGCAGCCGUCUGGCUAUGAUCUCGGAAGCGGUAGUACGAGUUCAAACGGCACCACAGGGAUAGAUUAUGGGGCUUGUGCAUAUCCACAUGCCGGAACGAGCCAGCAGUUGGCUUAUGGUGGGGAGUAUUGUUCGUAUGGUGGAAUGGGGGAACGAGAGUGGCCCUUAGCAUACAGUUCGGUGGAACCGGGAUACCGACCCCAAGCGGCAUCUCCGCCGUCGCGUCAUGACCUCCCGGACCUGAUACCCAACUACCAGUACGCAGUUGCCAAUGAUCAUGGUAUGCGUGGGGUUCACAGCCAGAUGUUACCACCGAGUUCGCUAGGCAGCUCCACAAUAAGUAGCGUAAUGAGCUUCGGACAUCAUUUGCCUUCAUCGCUGUCCACCAUUGGUGACUGCAAGCCGCCGACACCGCUGCCAACACUGUCUUCCCCGACACCGUCCACAUCAGCGGCUCCUACCAUACACUCAUAUUACGAUCACAUUAUAUGAAGGAAUUAUCGGAUAAAAUUUCAGGACACGGAAGCAUUGAAGGGAUAAAAAAGACUACGUUUCAAGAGCAGAGUAAAACUUCAAUAUUUUUAAACGAUUCUGAUAGAUUAUAAAUUAAUUAAAAUAGUUAUCUUCCCCG